AUGUCUGAAGGUCUUUAAAAGUUAGUCAUGUUUUUUUCUGAUUAAGGGAAGAAAAAGAAGCGCUUGAUUGAUAAUAAAAAGAAAAAUAUUGAAUAUGCAGACAAAGAAGUUUGGAAUAUUACAGGUGGAUUGUUCCCUCUUAUUCCUACUAGCAAUAAUAAAUCAAAAGAUGAACCUGUUCGUUAGUGGUCUUAUAGCCCUAUAGUUUAAAAAACUUAAUAAAUUUCAUCUAUUUUACAUUGGGUGCCUGUAACAGACAAAGAUAAACUAUUUUCUUGUGAGAAAUUUAACAUUAAAAUAGAUUUAGUUGAUUUUAAUGAAGAACAAUACAACGAAUAUUUAAAGGAAUUAGACUCAAGUUGGGAUUAUGAGGAAACAAAAUACCUCUGGGAUUUAUGCUAAAGAUUUGAUUUAAGAUUUAUUAUUAUUGCUGACAGAUACGAUGAAAAGAGAUGUAGAAGCAUUGAAGAUAUUAAACAGAGAUUCUACUCUGUCACUCGUAGACUGUUAGAAGUUAGAAAUCAGCAAAAUCACCCUUUAUAUAAUUAUAAAUAUGACCCUGAAUAUGAAAGAGUCAGAAAAUUCGAAUUAGAAAAGUUUUUAAUGAGAACAAAAGAAACAACAGAACAAGAGAAGAAUUUAUUGGAUAGUUUAAAAAGGAUAGAGGUUUAGAUUAAAAAGGAAGAAAGAGAACAUCAAACUCUCUAAAAAAUGUUAAAGGAAUAAAUGAAUGAUGACAAUGAUAUUGACAAUGAAGAAGACUGUGUUAAGAUCGUUUAAACAAUCCACGAAUAAGGUAAAAAGGAGAUCAGCAAUCCAACUGAAAGUAUUUGUUACUUGAGAGGUAAAUGGUUGAAUGAGCCACUACCUAUUUCUGAAAAAAUGAACAAAAAGCUUUCUCUCGUUCUUAGUGAAUUGUGUAUCCCUAGUGACUUUAUUGCCACUGAAGAAAACGAAUAAAUAUUUGAAGAAUUGAGAGAAUAAAUUUUCAACAUGUUUAACAUAUAAAAAUCUUUAAAAAAGAAGGAAAUGAUAAAAAAGCAAUUAGAAGACAAAAAGAGAAAAUUAAUGGAAGAUCUUAAUAUUUAAGACAAAGCACCUUCUAGUCCAACAUCCUCCUAAUAAAAGAGACCAAAUCCUUAUGUUCAAGAGACAUAAAAUUUAGAAAAAGUUAAUAAAAAAGUCAAAUCUUAAAACUGA